UAUACACACUACUUCGAAGAACUGCAGGAAGUUAACCCACAAGCAAUCCGAGUUGUUUCAAGCAAAAUACUGAUAUUAAUGGGUCACAAAUGCUCGUCAUUUUGCAGACCAUCAGUGACGGUAAAUGGGAAAAAAUACCGAGUGGUUAAAGAACUUGGAGAAGGAGCCUUCUCCUAUGUUAAUCUAGUUCAUCGUGGAAAUGAAUGGUUUGCUCUGAAAAGAAUCCGUCUCGAUCUUCCUGAGCAAGAAGAGGCAUUUGAACGUGAGGUAGAUGCUCAUAGAGCUGUUACUCACCCAAGUGUCCUCGACUUGCAUGAUGUGGAUGUGGUAUCUAAAGGAACAUAUAAAGAGGCACGCAUGCUUGUGACUUACUACAAGAAUGGAACAGUGCAAGACUUGAUUGAACGCACACAGCUUGCAGGAGGUCACAUCCCUGAGUUAAAUAUUCUUCAUAUGUUCAAGUCACUCUGUGAAGCUAUACUUGCUUUUCAUAGCUUAGACCCACCUCUGGCACACAGAGAUAUCAAGCCUCAUAAUUUGUUAAUUGGUCCUGACAUGACUGUGGUACUGAUGGAUCUUGGAAGUGUCUCCAGAGCAAGAUGUGUCAUUACUUCAAGAAGGGAAGCCUUGGCCCUUCAAGAGAGGUGUGCACAGGAAUGUACCGCUGCAUACAGGGCUCCAGAACUGUUUGAAGUUCCUUCAAACUGUGAAAUUGAUGAGAGAAGUGACGUUUGGUCUUUGGGUUGUACUCUGUUUGCCAUGGCUUAUGGUCAAAGCCCUUGUGAUGGCUCAGCACUCUCUGCAAAUAGUGGUAAUAUUCAAAUUCCAAGUAACAGUGUUUAUUCAAUGGAGCUAAAUGGUCUGAUAACAAGUAUGCUUAAAGUGGAUCCUCAAGAGAGACCUACGCUUCAAUUGAUUUUACGCAGACUAGAAAACCUAGCUCCCGCCUCAUCAGUCUUUAGCUUUGAAGGCGGAAGAAGUGUUUCCAUACAAAUGUAAAAUUUACUUUACCUUUUUUUAAUCUGACAUAUAACUAUUUGAUCAAAUUACUUAGAGAAUCGUAUCACUAAAACCCAAGUUAUAGGAAGACAUUUCGAUUUAUUGUCUUAAAAUCAAAACCAAAGUUAUCACAACAGAGAACAGAGCAAAAAAAAUUAUCAUACGGAGUCAAUAAGAGAAAACAAGCGAACUGCUUGAGGCGCGGGAAAAUGUGAAUGACAUGUCGUAAUAAGUAUAGGUUUUGAAUCUGAUUGGUUGAAAGUAUAGGCGUGCGUUUUCAUGGCCAAUCACAAGUCGAAGUGAAGCAAAACCAAAGCAGUCCUGGAUUACUUUUGACACUCAAAUAAGUGCGUUAAAACCCACCGUUAGCACGUACUCAGAACCCGAAAUUUCGAAUUUCGUAGCUUUAGAGUAGGCUGUUAUUGCCAUUUCGAACUCGUUUUGAAAUAUUUAGCCAGCAAUAUGAAGAUAUCUUGAGUUUUUUUCUGGGGGGAGGAGGGGAAGGAGUGAAGACAAUUGCCGAUUAUUGUUGUAAAAUAGGAAUUAGCAAACACUCAUAGAGGCAAGUAUCAACUGGAGAGGUGAAUAACUAUGUUGAAGAUGGAGAAGGAUUA